AUGGAAAACGAAUUUCUUGAUAAGGCAGAAAAUAAUGCGGUUGUCCAAACAUGGUCAGAAAAAAUGCAACUUGAGAAAGGUGAUAGUGUAACGGAAGGGUACACAUCAAAAUUAUGGGACUUCACUCGCAUUAAUGUAACUCAGAAUAAUCUCCAAGAGUUGAAAGAAAUUUGGGCUCAGUGGGAUGACGAGGUCAAACAGUUGUUUUACUGUAAUUAUGGUGAUCUGCCCUACUUGCUUGACAUCAAUGUGGAUGAGCAUUUAUUUCGAGCUUUGGCCCAAUUUUGGAAUUCUGCUUAUAGCUGCUUCACCUUUGGGGAGGUAGACAUGGUGCCUACUGUGGAGGAGUAUACAGCUUUACUUCGUUGUCCAAGAAUCCAAGUAGAUAAAGUUUAUGCUAGAACUGCCAAUGUUCUCCCUUUUACAAAGAAAUUAGCAAAAAUCACCGGAAUGAGCGAGCAAUGGGUUACAGCACGAAUCAAGCAAAAAGGGGAAAAUAAAUGUAUCCCUUGGAGAAGUUUGCGAGAUCAGAUUUCGGUACACCCUGAUACAAAGAAGAAAGUCGAUGUUCUCGCUUUGAGUAUCUAUGGGCUGGGGGAUUACACCCGUCCCAGCAAUUCUGGCCGAAACGUUCAGAUCUUUAAGUGCGUGCCGGAGAGCGGGCGAAUGAAGAUUCAUCGGUUGUGCACAGCUCUUGUUAGCUUGGUUCCACAGUCACUUCUAGAAAAAUUAGCAGCGACGCCAAGACGCGACGACAUUUCUGGAGAAAGGUGGAUGGCGAUCCUUCAAAAUCUCCGAGAUGAAGAUGUUGAAUGGAAAGCUCCUUGGAUGGUGCCUGACGAGAUUUUAUAUCGAUGUGGAGACUUCGAUUGGGUUCCUUUACUCGGAAUUUGGGGAGCUGUUGGAUAUACCCCUCUGCUCGUAUUAAGACAGUAUAGAUCAAGACAGUUCAUACCGGCAACGCAGACUGGCCGAAUGUGA